ACCUCCAAGGUAAUUCUGUGAAAGCCAGCCUUGUCUGGCUCAAGUCAGGUCAACACUUAUUUUUUCAGAUAAUAGUAGAUGAUUAAGGAAUUUACUGAACUUUUGUCAGGUCAAAGCUAAAAGGUUCCACAAAGCUAUUACCAAAUGAUGUGUGUAUUCAAGUGAAUAGUGCUGAUUUUAGCAAACUCAAACUAAAACUAAGGCUGGAAUUGUAUUGAGCCACAUUUCAUUUUUCUGCAAUAAUCUUUUACAGUUGUGUUUGAGUUGCACAGCAGUAUGUGCUAGGUGUUGCUGAGUUGGGGAUGUUUUAACCAUAUAGAGAUUGUAUAGAAAUAAUGUUGUUGUGUUUCUUGCCCAGACCUGCGCUUCAAGCGUAUGAUUAGGGGCUCCCUGGCCCCUCAUGUCCCCUGGCAGGCCAUGGUCUACCUGAGUAAAAGCGUCAUGAACGGGGGCUUCGCUGGGGGAGCUCUAAUCUCUGACCGCUGGGUCCUGACGGCUGGCAGGAACUUGUUUGUCAGGAAGAGUAGACAGGACACCCAGGGGUAAGAACCAAUCAUCCCCAAGGUGUACUUAGGCAUCACGCGACAAUCCCAAGCCGAUGACUCCAAAGAAGUUGCUGUAGAAAAGGUGGUUCUGCACCCAGGCUUCCAGAACGUGUCAGACUGGGACAACGACCUGGCUCUGAUUCAGCUGAAGGAGCCAUUCACACUGAGCGAGGAUGUGAUGCCCAUCCCUCUGCCUGAGAGGGGUGAGGACCUGGUUGAGGCAGCCCAGGAGAAAGGCAUCAUCACAGGCUGGGGUUGGGGGGUCCUCUUCACCCCCACUGAGUCACUGAGACACCUGGUAUUGCCUGUGGCAUCGCAUAGCUCCUGUAAGGCAGAGUACAACUCUGGCGGCCAAGUGCUGAGCAGCACUCCAACCGUAGAUGACAACAUGUUCUGUACUGGAGCCAGCAAGUACCAGGAGAAUGUGUGCUUUGGGGACGCAGGCGGUGCCCUGGCAUUCCAGGACCCCAAAGACGGCAGAGUGUAUGCUGCAGGGAUCCUGUCCUUCGAUAAGACCUGUGCCGUGCAGAAAUACGCUGUCUACAUGAAGCUCUCUGCCUACAUGCCUUGGAUCAACAGUGUCCUCAGGGGAGACAGUGAGACAUCAGCCAGUCUCCGCUCCAGUGUAAUGUCUGACAUGUAUUCGAGGCAGAUAUGAGAGCCGGGGCUCAUAAUCUCCAUUAUGCCUUUGCUAACAAAGUAAUUUUCUGACUUGAUCUUG